AUGUCUCGCGCAGGGGCCUCGCUGCUGCUCCGCAACCUCCACUGCUCACUGCCCGCGAUUGCACGGCUCUACAAGGAGGCAGGGGAGACAGCAGCGACUGGCGCUGCACACAGCCAUCGGUAUGAAGCGUCUCACAACGAACUACCGCUGGAUGUCUCGCUGGUGGCGGACGGCGAGGCCGUGUUGGACUUCUUCUGUCGGGAGCUUAACAUGGGCGCGUCGGCACUGCGUCGCUGGCGCAGCGGCUUGGCGAAGGCGGCACACCGCCGCUGGCGGCUUGGUAAUGACAGUCACCAGAAGGAUACGAUGCAGUCAGUGUGGCCAGUCAAUGAGGACGAUCUCUUGUUUGUGCAAAGUGCCAUGGAGGACUUAAAAGCUGUUGUUUCACCCUUCCUGACGUUGUCACAGCCGCAAUCAAAGAGUGCCGUGCGGGGGAUCACCUUCGUGGCCACCCAGCGCAUUCUGCCUGGCGUUUUUCUGUUGAGCUUGCCAGUGGCGGCUAUUUUUUUUGCGCAACCACCGCCCUCGAACGAUCCACUGACUUCCUUCUUUAUGCACGUGGAGGAAUUGGUGGGACAGCUUGUGGCGGCUGGUGACGGCGUGAAUCCGGACGGCUGGCACCCUUCACAUGCUGGGUACGUGGACUACUUGAAGAAGUCUGUCGCACCAAGCAACAACUUGCCGUUCCUGGAGUUGGGGGAGAUUAAUCGGCUCGUCAGCGACGCCAAGAUGGCGAAGAUGAUGCUGCCACAGAAGAAAAAGAUCAACACGGAGGUGCUGGAAGGAAACAACAACAUUAGUAGUCCCGCAAUCCACUUGUGGAAUUACUUUCAUCGCGAUAUGGGUGGCCUACCACUGAGUUCGUAUCUGUGUGAGCGUCUCUCAAGAGACGAAUAUCUCUGGUGGGUGAGUUUGGUGUUGUCGCGGCGUGCCGGCGCUGCGACCCUAAUCCCUGUGGUGGACAAGCUCAAUCACCACCCGGAACCCAAUUGUUAUUACACAAUGGCCACAGAAGAGAGUUUCUGUGGAAUUGAUGUGUUUGACAACCUCUUGGCUGGUGUUCCCUCUGAGUUGUUAUACGAACCAUUUCUGCAUACAUUCAGCAUUCGAGAAAUCCAGAAGGGGGAGGAGCUCACGCUCUGCUACGCAUCUCCAACAAUAAACCCGAACCAGCGCCUGCCAGGUGGAGGUGGUAUGUCCGUAACGUCAGGGGAGGGUCGGGCGGCGUGGCUGCUGCAGUGGGGCUUCAUCCCUGAGCGGGACUCACCGUAUUCCUCCAGUGAUCUGCAGGAGGUGGCUUCUAUAGUAGCCGAGCGUCGUGUAGACCUUCGCCAAGAGCAAUUCCCACCUGAGAAGUGA